GAGGACGGUAGGCGGCGGAUGCGAGAGCUGGCGCAGCUACCCUGGUGGCGGUGGCUGAAGUGGCAGCGGCUGCGGCGGCUGCAACAGCUUCGGGCUCGGGGUUUUGGCGGCGGCGCCGGCGGGCUGGGCUGCGUGGUGCGGACCCCGGCGCGCGGUCCGGGUUGCCGGGGCGGCGCGUAUGAUGCCUCUAAUGGAGGAAUUUCUGAGCAGCACCCCUGGCCCAGUGGCUUUGAAAGGGAGCUCAAACCAGAGACUAUUUCAAGCCCUGGACAUCAUAUCCUGAGGGCCACAGGAGAAGAGAACAUGGCUGUGAGUUUGGAUGACGACGUGCCACUCAUCCUGACCUUGGAUGAGGGUGGCAGUGCCCCACUGGCUCCCUCCAACGGCCUGGGCCGGGAAGAGCUACCUAGUAAAAAUGGCGGCAGCUAUGCCAUCCACGACUCCCAGGUCCCCAGUCUCAGCUCUGAGGGCGGGAGUUCCCCCUCCAGCCCCGCACACAACUGGGAGAUGAAUUACCAAGAGGCAGCAAUCUACCUCCAGGAAGGCGAGAACAAUGACAAGUUCUUCACCCACCCCAAGGAUGCCAAGGCGCUGGCGGCCUACCUCUUUGCACACAAUCACCUCUUCUACCUGAUGGAGCUGGCCACGGCCCUGCUGCUGCUGCUGCUCUCCCUGUGCGAGGCCCCCGCCGUCCCUGCGCUCCGGCUCGGCAUCUACGUCCACGCCACCCUGGAGCUAUUCGCCCUGAUGGUGGUAGUGUUUGAACUCUGCAUGAAGUUACGCUGGCUGGGCCUCCACACCUUCAUCCGGCACAAGCGGACCAUGGUCAAGACCUCGGUGCUGGUGGUGCAGUUUGUCGAGGCCAUCGUGGUGUUGGUACGGCAGAUGUCCCAUGUGCGGGUGACCCGAGCACUGCGCUGCAUUUUCCUGGUGGACUGUCGGUAUUGCGGAGGCGUCCGGCGCAACCUGCGGCAGAUCUUCCAGUCCCUGCCGCCCUUCAUGGACAUCCUCCUGCUGCUGCUGUUCUUCAUGAUCAUCUUCGCCAUCCUCGGUUUCUACUUGUUCUCCCCUAACCCUUCAGACCCCUACUUCAGCACCCUGGAGAACAGCAUCGUCAGUCUGUUUGUCCUUCUGACCACAGCCAAUUUCCCAGAUGUGAUGAUGCCCUCCUACUCCCGGAACCCCUGGUCCUGUGUCUUCUUCAUCGUGUACCUCUCCAUUGAGCUGUACUUCAUCAUGAACCUGCUUCUGGCUGUGGUGUUCGACACCUUCAAUGACAUUGAGAAACGCAAGUUCAAGUCGUUGCUACUGCACAAGCGAACCGCCAUCCAGCAUGCCUACCGCCUGCUCGUCAGCCAGAGGAGGCCCGCCGGCAUCUCCUACAGGCAGUUUGAAGGCCUCAUGCGCUUCUACAAGCCCCGGAUGAGUGCCAGGGAGCGCUAUCUUACCUUCAAGGCCCUGAAUCAGAACAACACACCUCUGCUCAGCCUAAAGGACUUUUACGAUAUCUACGAAGUUGCAGCUUUGAAGUGGAAGGCCAAGAAAAACAGAGAGCACUGGUUUGAUGAGCUUCCCAGGACGGCGCUCCUCAUCUUCAAAGGCAUUAAUAUCCUUGUGAAGUCCAAGGCCUUCCAGUAUUUCAUGUACUUGGUGGUGGCAGUCAACGGGGUCUGGAUCCUCGUGGAGACGUUUAUGCUGAAAGGUGGGAACUUCUUCUCCAAGCACGUGCCCUGGAGUUACCUCGUCUUUCUAACUAUCUAUGGGGUGGAGCUGUUCCUGAAGGUCGCCGGCCUGGGCCCUGUGGAGUACUUGUCCUCCGGAUGGAACUUGUUUGACUUCUCCGUGACAGUGUUCGCCUUCCUGGGACUGCUGGCGCUGGCCCUCAACAUGGAGCCCUUCUAUUUCAUCGUGGUCCUGCGCCCCCUCCAGCUGUUGAGGCUGUUUAAGUUGAAAGAGCGCUACCGCAACGUGCUGGACACCAUGUUCGAGCUGCUGCCCCGGAUGGCCAGCCUGGGCCUCACCCUGCUCAUCUUUUACUACUCCUUCGCCAUCGUGGGCAUGGAGUUCUUCUGCGGGAUCGUCUUCCCCAACUGCUGCAACAUGAGUACAGUGGCAGAUGCCUACCGCUGGCGCAACCACACCGUGGGCAACAGGACCGUGGUGGAGGAAGGCUACUAUUAUCUCAAUAAUUUUGACAACAUCCUCAACAGCUUUGGCUGCCGAGGCAGAGGGUGUGUCCUCUUGGGGCCGGGCCACAAUGUCCUGUGGAGCCGGCGCCCUAGGAGUGCCUUGCCUGGUCCUUCCUGGAGCUCACAACCCAAGCGGUCGUAUGGUGACCCCUCAUCUCAGCACACGGCACCCAGGAUAGCUGGCAAGAGGCCACUCGAAGUUGACUUUGAAGUGGGGCCUCAUCAGAAUGCUGCUUUCUCCCUUCCCCUGGCAGUGACCCUGUUUGAGCUCACAGUUGUCAACAACUGGUACAUCAUCAUGGAAGGCGUCACCUCUCAGACCUCCCACUGGAGCCGCCUCUACUUCAUGACCUUUUACAUUGUGACCAUGGUGGUGAUGACGAUCAUUGUCGCCUUCAUCCUCGAGGCCUUCGUCUUCCGAAUGAACUACAGCCGCAAGAACCAGGACUCGGAAGUUGAUGGUGGCAUCACCCUUGAGAAGGAAAUCUCCAAAGAAGAGCUGGUUGCUGUCCUGGAGCUCUACCGGGAGGCACGGGGGGCCUCCUCGGACGUCACCCGGCUGCUGGAGACCCUCUCCCAGAUGGAGAGAUACCAGCAACGUUCCAUGGUGUUUCUGGGACGGCGAUCAAGGACCAAGAGCGACUUGAGCCUGAAGAUGUACCAGGAAGAGAUCCAGGAGUGGUACGAGGAGCAUGCCAGGGAGCAGGAGCAGCAGCGACAGCUCAGCAGCAGUGCAAUGCCCGCCACCCAGCAGCCCCCCAGCAGCCGCCAGCGCUCCCAGACUGUUACCUAGCCCAGUGCCCGAAAGCCAUCUCUUCUAUGCAAUAACACAAUAGUAUUACUCUACUGCGAUGUACGGAACUGCGGUGUGUGUACACAUACUCACGUAUAUGCACAUAUUUAUAUACAGGAAGAAAGAAGACAGACAAGAUGGGGCUUAGUUUAUAACCACCUUGCCCUGUUUUCCUUAACUCUAGAAGCCAGUUUGGUGAGGGGUGGGGUGUGGCCACCAGGUCUGAGCUCUUCCUACUGUGGAAGGCUCCAGAAGCCCCUUCACAAGGAAACCCCUCACCUGGAUCCAGUCGACUGCGGGGCUUGCCCCCCAUGUGGGCUGGCCUCCAUCGGCCAUGUCCAAAGCCGUCACUGCUACUGCUUCAGGCUCACGUGCCCCCAACCUGAUGGCACCCCCACCCCCUCUCCCUGCGGGCAUGCCACAGGCUUCUGGGUUUUGCUUUUGGGACAGAACCACUUAGGAAGGAAAGAACUCCUGGUCUCCAGGGUGGUGUUUCAGCUUCUGUGAUAAUGUCAUGCAACACUCUUCGGGGACCAGUGCCCGGGAUCUAAUGGGAAGCGGAAUUGGGGUGACUGUGCCCAUGUGGCCAGAGCUCAGUUAGCCAGUUCCAGGCGGCCACAGACUACACUGACCAAUCUCCUCUCUUGGCUCUGCAAGCCUCCCACCCAGCCUUCUCUGGCUUAACCCUUACUGACAAAAAUCCUUCCACAGUGGCCUCCUUGGGGACCCAGACCCUGGAGGAAGGGGCAUGAGGCAGGAGGUAGGGCCGAUGUCUGUAACCCAGACCACUUCCUGGAAUGGGCUCUUGACCAAAUCCCUUUUUUGUGAUUUACCCAUUCAAGCAAAACAACAUUUUGAUUAAUUAAGGAUUGUGCUAAGCUGAUACCAGGUCCUUCACACAGGUGCACUAGGAACAGGAGCGAACAGCACAAGGAGACGCUCCCUGUGGGACGCAGCAGCCCUGUGGCCGUGGCCCAGCUCCCAGCUACGCUCCCUGGCUCUGCUCACACCAGAGAAUGCAAUAGCAGGAGCUGUUGGUGCAGAAGUAGGUUCAGAUGAACCCUCAGUUAACGUCACCACCCCCCUCUCCCGCCACGGUACCCACAGAGGCAGGGUCAGUGCAGAGGUUGCUUUGGUUCCGCUUUCCUGAGCCACAGAACAGAGCACAGCACAGGUUCCACAGCAGGAGCUGCAGUGGCAGCACGGAGGGUGCGGAGGGCAAGGAGUGUGCUGCCGGGCAUUCCUGGCCGCCCCGGCCCUCUGGUGCCUGCUUUCUGUGACUUCAGAAGGAAGGUGGACAGAGGCUCCCUCUGGCCUUGUCCUUUUCCCAGCCACAGAACGGGCGAGGUGGUACCCAACCCCAGGGCAGCAGUACCUGGACCCCCAACCUCUGCUCACCUCCAAGGCCAAGCUGGAUCCCAUAGCCAGCAUGGCAUGGUUCUCCCCUUCCCCUCUUCCCAGGUCAGGGGAGUUGGAGAAGUGGUGGGUGUUUGUUUUUAAAGCACAGCCCUUUGGGAAAAUCACAAAUUAUUGAGAAUCACUGUGAUUCCCCCAGGAGUCAGACUGACUUUGUCCUCUUCCUCUCUGGAGGGCCAUGGGCCAUCACCGGGAGCUCCACCUCGAGCCCCAGGCCAGAACCCCCUCCCUUUCGCAGAGAGGGAACUUGAUUGCACAAUUGGGUGCCUUUUAGCUUUUGUGUGUUGAAAUGGGCAUUUUGGAAGCAAGGGUCAAGGGACAGCUUCUAAAGGUGUGAGUCUCUGACCUGAGAAUCUGGGCCUUGCCUCAGCCCUUUCUCCCCAAGGGUGGAAACCUGGAGGGGCCAGCAGCACCCCGGGGUCUGCCCAGGGGAGUAGAGGCCCCCAGGUGGGAAGGCCUAUUCCAGGAGGAGGGGGAUCUCAGCCCUGUUCAGAGCAAGUUAAUGUGUCCAUCCGCCCAACCCUGUCCUGAGAAAGGACCUGGUUUUGGCCAGGACCCGACAAAUGCCUAAUGGCAGCAGUGUUAACAGACCAGAGGUGGGCGCCCUUGUCACUGAGGCCAGGGACAGCUAUCUCCAGGUUAUGCCUGGCCCCACCAAGCAGGGAGUUGGGGUCCCCCCACAGGCUGUGAGCUCUGUGGGCCCUGGGAUGUGAUCUAGCUCAGAUGCCCUCUCGUCCUUGAUGUCACAGUUGAGUACACCCAAGUGACACUCACUGGCAGCCAGGGGCACAGCCUGGUGGUGGCGGCAAUAGAACCGUGCUCCUCCCCAGCUCCUCGCUUCCCCUCCCACAACCCCAGCCUUACUCCACCAUGCGGACAAUCAUUUUGUACGGAUCACGGGAGCAAUGCUGUACGGUUUUGUACAUUGGUGAUUUGUUUCCUAGAAAACCCACUAUGUCUCUGGAUUUCUGGCAUAUUAAUAAAAGAGCCUCUGCUUUGUAAACAC